GCCCGCAAGGAGUGGCAGCUGGGGGCUAUAUAAAGGCAGGGAAACCUCAGCCAGCUCAAAAGAAAGUCUUGGAUCUUGUGUUCUCCCUUCCUCCUGCCUUCACGUGAUUCAGCUUUCCCCACGCCGGGAGCCGAGGACAAGCCUCGCUGUAUGAGAUGGCUGCCGGCAGCUGCCUCCUCCUCCUCCUCCUGCCCUCGCUGAUCAUAGCCUUGCACAGCUCUCCUGGCUGUAAGAUCCGGAUUACUUCCAAGGGACUGGACCUGGUGAAGCAGGAGGGGCUGCGCUUUGUGGAGCAGGAGCUGCAGAACAUCACAGUGUCAGACCUGCAUGGAAAUGAGGGGCAGUUCCAGUACAACAUCAGCCAAGUCAAGGUGACAGACCUGCAGCUGGCCUUUGCGGACCUGAACUUUCAGCCCCGGCAGCACCUUGUCUUCAACAUCAACAAUGCUUCCAUCAGCCUACGCUUCCGCAGGCAGCUGCUCUACUGGUUCUUCUACGACAUUGGGUCUAUCAAUGCCUCUGCGGAUGGUGUCCACAUCUACACAGUGCUGCAGUUGGCCAAGGAUGAAGCUGGGCGCCUCAAGAUCUCCAAUAUGACCUGCAAUGCCUCCAUAGCCAGAAUGCAUGCUGGCUUUUCUGGCACUCUCAGGAAGGUCUACGAGUUCCUGAGCACUUUCAUCGUCACAGGGAUGCGCUUCCUCCUCAGCCAGCAGAUCUGCCCAUCCCUGGAGCAUGCCAGCAUGGUGCUGCUGAACUCUUUGCUGGACACAGUGCCUGUGAGGAACUAUGUGGAUGAGCACGUUGGGAUUGACUACUCCCUCCUACGGGAUCCGUCCAUCUCCACUGACACCCUUGACCUCGACUUCAAGGGCAUGUUCUUCCCUCGGGUGAGAGAGGACCAGGAGCUGGAGAACCACGCGGUGGAGCCGGUGAUUAAGGAGACUGAACGCAUGGUUUAUGUUGCCUUCUCUGAAUAUUUCUUCGACUCAGCCAUGCACUCAUACUUCCAGGCAGGAGUGCUGACCAUAGAGCUCCAGGGGGAGAAGGUGCCCAAGGACCUGGAGGUUUUGCUGAGAGCCACAUUCUUUGGAACAAUCUUCAUGCUGAGCCCUUCUGUGGAUGCUCCGCUGCGGCUCGUGCUGCAGGUCUCUGCUCCUCCCCGCUGCAUCAUCAAACCCUCAGGGACCUCAGUCUCUGUCUCUGCUUUCCUGAACAUCUCACUGGUGCCCCCGGACCGUCCUCCUGUCCAGCUCUCCAGCAUGGCCAUGGAAACCAAGCUGAGUGCCAAGGUAUUUCUGCAAGGGAAGGCUUUGCGUGUGCAGCUGGACCUAAGACGGUUUCGCAUCUAUUCCAAGCAGUCAGCGCUGGAGUCACUUGCGCUGUUCUCACUGCAGGCCCCACUGAAGACCCUGCUGCAACUGACCAUCAUGCCCAUCAUUAACGAGAGGACAAAGAAGGGGGUGCAGAUCCCACUGCCUGAAGGCAUGGACUUCACCAGGGAGGUGGUCACCAAUCAUGCGGGAUUCCUCACAGUGGGAGCUGAUCUCCACUUCUCCAAGGGGCUUCGGGAGGUGAUUGAGAAAUACCGCCCAGUGCCAACUGCUUCUGCCUACUCCAGCUCCCAGCCCACAGAGCCCAGCCUGGACCCCAGCUCACUCUAGCUCUCCUCCCUGGACCAAGGGCAGAUCCUGGGCUGGACCCGUAGACUGUAGGUAGGAAGCAGCUUCCCUGGUACCACCAGCACAUUGUCAGGGCGUCCAGGCCCUGGUGGGGCGCAGCAAGGUGGAGAGGGUGCUCUGGGAACCCCUGCUGCACCCCUGCUCAUUACACUAAUAAACCACCUGACUCCAACCACAUAGCCUUGUUGCUUGGAGGACAUUGUCCAUGCUGGGGUACAUGGUGAGGAGAUGGAAAGGAGGCAGCUAAUGCUACCCAGCUUAGGUCCUUGGGAGCAGACACAGCUUAGUGUAGUGCCAGAGGGCUCAGAGUGACUGUGCUGCUACCACUUCGGUGGGUCCUUA